UACACGGCGAAAUUUCCAUGCAUGAAAGUCACCACCCCCUUCCCCUUCCUCUUCUUUCCAACACUAAUUUUUUUCACUCUCUCUCUCUGAAUUUUCUUGAAACUUUCAAUCUCGAACCGUAAUCUCUGCGUAUUCAAUUCUCUGCAAAUUUUCUCGGGAAAGAGAGAUUCAUAAUUUUUUUUUUUAAGAUGAUUUCUGAGCGAAAUCAACCGAAUGCGUCUUCACAGCUCGUGGCUGAUCCGCCGAGGUCUCCCAGAGGUUCUUCCGGCAAAUCCAGAAAUCCGAUCCAAUACGUGCUUCGCGAGCAGCGUCUGCUCUUCGUUUUCGUCGGUGUCGCCAUCGAGAGGGGAGACAGCGUGAUCGUCGUUGAUAAUUUCUUCACCGGCCGGAAGGAGAAUCUGGUUCAUCACCUCGGAAAUCCGAGAUUCGAACUGAUCCGACACGACGUCGUUCAGCCGAUUCUACUAGAAGUCGAUCAGAUCUACCACUUGGCUUGCCCUGCCUCUCCGGUGCAUUACAAAUUCAAUCCCGUCAAGACAAUCAAGACCAAUGUGGUGGGCACACUGAACAUGCUAGGGCUUGCGAAGCGGGUCGGCGCUCGCUUCUUGCUCACCAGCACCAGCGAGGUGUACGGCGAUCCGCUUCAACACCCGCAGGCUGAAACCUACUGGGGCAACGUCAAUCCCAUCGGUGUACGGAGCUGCUACGACGAAGGGAAGCGCACGGCGGAGACUCUGACCAUGGAUUACCACAGAGGCCUUGGAAUUGAGGUACGAAUUGCUCGGAUCUUCAACACUUAUGGGCCACGAAUGUGCAUCGAUGACGGUAGAGUUGUAAGCAAUUUCGUAGCACAGGCAUUGAGAAAGGAGCCGUUGACAGUUUAUGGGGACGGCAAGCAGACCCGUAGUUUCCAGUUCGUUUCUGAUCUGGUGGAUGGUCUAAUGAAACUGAUGGAAGGGGAGCACGUGGGGCCUUUCAAUCUGGGCAACCCCGGUGAAUUCACUAUGCUUGAACUUGCCCAGGUAGUGCAAGAGACAAUAGAUCCAAAUGCAAGGAUAGAGUUCAGAGCCAACACAGAGGACGACCCACACAAGAGAAAGCCCGACAUUUCAAAGGCCAAGGAGCUUCUCGGAUGGGAGCCGUCGGUUUCCCUUCGCAAGGGCCUUCCCCUCAUGGUCUCCGACUUCCGCCAGCGCAUCUUCGGCGACCCCAAAGACACCGCCGCCACCACCGCCACCUCCACCGACGCCGACGCCAUCGCCGCCGCCCUCUCCACCGCCACCUCCUCCGUCUAGUACUCUUCUCCCCAUACAAAUUAAUACCACAUAUAUAAGAGAUCUCUAAGAAUAACACUUGGCAGUUCCCACUGGGAGUGGGACCCACCACCUCCUCUCUCUCUCUCUCCUCUGCUGAGUACAAUUUUUAUUCUGAGGCCCUAAUCCCUCCCUCUCUCCCUCCCUCUCUCCCUCCCUCCCUCCCUCCUGUUCUGUAUUAUAUUUUAUA